AUGGCGUCGUUGUCCAGUUUAUUACCCGCACCUGUCCAGCAGGUAUGGGAUAGAGAUGAUGAGCUUAAAGCAAAACGUGUUGGGAGUGCCUUAGUUGUAUCUCAAACUAGCGUUCCUCCUUAUGGUCAAAGGAAAGGAUGGGUACCUAGAGCAGAAGAAGAUUUUGGAGAUGGUGGGGCGUUUCCCGAAAUUCAUGUCGCUCAGUAUCCUUUGGGUAUGGGUGCUCGAGGAAAAGAAAGCACAUCCAAUGCACUUGCUGUACAGUUAGAUGAAUCGGGUAAAGUGAAAUACUCUGCAAUUGCUAGGCAAGGUCACAGUGCUGAUAAGAUAAUAUACACAAAGCUGACAGAUCUCCUGCCUUCAGAAGUUUUAGCUGAAGAUGACCCAACACUACAGAAACCUACAGAAGAUGACAUUCAAGAUCUUACAGAAAAAACUAAAUUAGCAUUAGAGAAGUUAACUAAUGCAAAGAUAUCUGCUGCUUUGCCAGUCAAAGCUGCACCAAAAGCUGCACCAGCACAAUACAUUCGCUAUACUCCAGCACAACAGGGUGGAGCUUUUAAUUCUGGUGCUAAGCAGAGGGUUAUAAGAAUGGUAGAAGCCCAAGUGGACCCAAUGGAGCCCCCUCGCUUCCAAAUCAACCGCAAGAUCCCGCGAGCGGCGCCUUCGCCCCCUGCUCCCGUGCUGCAUUCGCCACCACGACGAGUCUCCGUCAAACAGCAGAGGGACUGGAAAGUGCCUCCAUGUGUCAGUCAUUGGAAGAACGCGAAAGGUUACACUAUACCAUUGGACAAGCGACUAGCGGCGGAUGGGCGUGGUUUGCAGCAAGUACAUAUUAAUGAAAACUUCUCAAAGUUAGCUGAAGCCCUGUAUAUAGCUGACAGAAAAGCCCGAGAAGCCGUAGAGGCGCGUGCGCAACUAGAAAGAAGACUGGCGCAGAGAGAGAAAGAGAAGAAAGAAGAACAUCUUAGGAUGCUUGCGCAGAGGGCUAGAGAUCACAGAGCUGGUAUAAGGGGACCGGAAGAAGAAAAUGAGCCAAUUGGGGAGUUGGACGGAGAAUCGGCAGAGAGAGAUAAGUUGCGAGCGGAGAGACAUAAAGAGAGACAGAGAGACAGGAAUUUGGCACGCGCUGCUCCUGACAAACGUUCUAAACUUGUAAAGGAGCGGGAACGAGAUAUUUCUGAGCAGAUUGCGCUCGGUCUUCCGGCUAAAGCGAGCCAAGGUGGUGAGGCGAUGUUCGAUCAGCGGCUGUUUAACAACUCCAAAGGGAUGGACAGUGGUUACGGUGAUGACGAAGCGUACAACGUGUACGACAAAGCGUGGCGAUCUGGUGACGCCGUCGCCUCUCACAUUUAUCGGCCUUCGAGAAAUGCCGACAGCGACAACUAUGGAGGCGACUUAGAAACGAUCGCUAACACUAGACGUUUCGUAGCUGACAAGGAAUUCGCCGGCACCAGCAGUAGCAAUACUCGAUCAGGCCCCGUUCAGUUUGAAAAGAAUCCGUCGCGAGCGGAACCACCGAGUCGCAGUAAUCAACCAGAGGCUGACUUUGAUCCGUUCGGUCUGGACCGGUUCUUGAGUGAAGCGAAACGUGCAGACAAAAGCUCACGCAAGAGUCAUCAUGAGCCUCACGCCAAGAGACGACGCGAGUGA